AUGAAGUUCUUCCUCCCCAUUCUUCUCGCAGCUCCCGCUGUCAUGGGCCGAGCCUGCAAGGUCCGACACUCGCACUCUUCUGCGGUUGAGCCCGUCCACACUCAGUACCCUGUUCCCGAGCCUGUCAUCUCCCAGGCCCCUCAGGUUGUUAGCCAGAAGUCUUCUCCCGUCGAGGUCAAGACUGCUGCUUCCAAGCCCAAGACUACCAAGUCCAAGACUACCAAGCCGAAGAAGGUCUCUAAGCCCAAGGCCUCUAAGCCCAAGACUACCAAGCCCAGCACCACCAAGCCCAGCACCACCAAGCCCAGCACCACCAAGACAUCUACUCCUAGUACCGGCUCCGGCUCCGGCUCUGGCUCCAAAUCUACACCUAUCGGUAACGGUGCCUCCGUCUCUGGAUCUUCUACCUUCUACGGUGGAAACCUCGCUGGUGGAAACUGCAUGUUCUCAACCUACACCCUCCCCUCUGAUAUCCUCGGAACUGCUUUCUCUGGCCAGAAGUGGGACAACGCCGCCAACUGCGGUGCUUGUAUCGAAGUCACCGGUCCUUCAGGCACCAUCAAGGCCAUGAUCGUCGACAAGUGCCCCGAAUGUGACCCCGGCCAUCUCGAUCUCUUCCCCGACGCCUUCAAAGCCGUCGGCGGCACAGACGGCAUCGUCAAGACCUCGUACAAGUUCGUCGAGUGCGGCAUCUCCACUCCGCUCGUGCUCCAUAACAAGGAGGGCACUUCCGCCAACUGGUUCUCUAUCCAGGUCGUCAACGCCAACGAGCCCGUCAAGAGCGUGCAGGUCUCCACUGACGGCGGUAGCACCUGGAAGAGCACUGAACGCAAGGACUACAACUUCUUCGAGAACCCUGCUGGCUUUGGCAAGACUUCUGUUGAUGUCAAGGUUACUAGCAGCACAGGAAAGAGUGUUGUCGUUAAGAAUGUUGGCGUUACUGCUGGGGCUCAGUACAAGGCUAGCUCUAACUUUUAA